CUCCUAAUUUGGACCGGUAUCAGAAUCCAGACUUGUUAUACCGAGACAAUGCCGCUCUGCACCCUUCACCUCCUCGCCCUCCACAAUACCACGCCCAAUCCUCUGUCCACUUUCUUGUCAACCCUCAAGUCCAGCACUGUAAAGCCACUCGUAGUUUCUCGUGUACUCCGAUGGAUUAUCCUACCCACUAAGAUCUCCACGGAGCACCUCCUUGCCCGUAACAUACGAUGGGACAUCCUCCUGGUUCUCCCCAGCACCGACAGUCUCCCCAGUGACAUUACAAGACUAGUCGAACACCACUGGAGCGUCACAGCCGGCGUGCCUUCCCGACUCACCAAAGACUUUGAUCAAACAAACAAAACCCUGCUGCAUCCCGACCCGGUCACCGUGCCACCGCUCAGCGAUCCAACCAAGGCGAAACCAACAACACAGUCAAGCCAAGACCUCGAGCUCUCCGCCGAACUAAACGCCUGGAUCGACGAAUUCGUUAGCAGCAACGGGAAGGCAGGCAAAGGCGCCGUCUCCAUGUUCAACCUGCUCGCCUUCAACCCCGGCAUGAAAGACCAGUAUCUCAAGUACGGCGCCGCGUUCGCCGCCAGCAUCGGCGCGCGGCACGGCGGCAACGCGAAGAUCGUCGGCAACGUGACGGGUGUCAACGGCCGACACGAGAGGGUCGAGGGCGACUGGGAUGAGAUUGCGCUCGCGCACUAUCCCAGCAUCGAGCAUUUCAGGGACAUGCUGACGAGCGCGGAUUACCAGGAGGUUAAUCAUAGGCAUAGGGUGGGCAGUUUGCGGGAUACGUGUAUUUUGAUGACGAGCGAGAUUGCAGUUGAGGCGGUGCUGGGUCAGGGUGAGGGGAGAGCCAGACUGUGAGGCUGCGGGCCGCCCUUUAGCCCUUUUGGCGCGUCUAUAUGUAAGGACUGGAGACGUCUGCGAGACCUCACGUAUUGCCUGGGUGCAUAGAAAGAAGUUUAUCGAGGCCUGAAACUCACACUUGGAAUCCCGGAGUACGAAGAGCGA